UGUAGUAUAUAGCUAACUUGGGGGUUCCCUCCACAUGUCAGUUUUAUGACAUUUAUGGACUGGAACCUGAAUUACUUACGAUGGUUCCCCAACCAGUGCUGGCCGUCAUGUUGCUCUUUCCAAUCACAGAAAAGUCUAAAGCUACACCCAUAGGAGAGGUUGACAUGUCCAGUGAUGCCUACUUUGUUAAACAGACCAUUGGGAAUGCAUGUGGUACAGUUGCUAUCGUACAUGCCCUAGCUAAUAACAAGGAUGAAAUAAAAUUCAUAGAUGGAAAACAUUUUGUUCAUUUUAUGGAAAAGACAAUUGAUCUUUCACCAGAGAAGAGAGCAGAAUUCCUUGAAUCAGACACUGAUAUGGGAUCUGCCCAUGAAGACAGUGCACAAAAGGGUCAGACUCAGGCUCCUUCUGCAGAUGAAAAAGUCAAUACACAUUUUGUGGCAUUUGUAUGUAAAAACAACAAACUUUAUGAAAUGAAUGGAAGUUGUGAUGGGCCAAUUUUCCAUCAGGAUACCACACCUGAAACACUGUUACAGGAUGCUGUCGUUGUUGUAAAGAAGUUCAUGGAACGUGACCCUACAGAGGUCAACUUUACUUUGAUGGCCUUGUCCAAACAGAGUGAUUGAGGUCAUAACCUUGACCUCUCCCUUCGUUGUAACAUUCCUAGAGGAAUACUUUUUGUCAUGAUGUUGUCCAACAUUAAUAUGAUGCUUCCAGGAUGUAAACUCAGUUGACCGCCAAAUCUUAUAUAUACGAGCACCAUGUUUUGGGAGAAGCCAUGUGCAAUCACGUUAUUUGUCAUCUCUCUUUCACUGCCUUUGUGAUCAAAGAUCUACCAGUCUACAACAGAUAUAGCAGUCGUAUCAGAUGCCUUUGUAUUUUACAGUUUUGUAUGCUACAUGUUGCUUGGUGAACUUACUGUGGCAUUUCAUACUAACAAACUAUUACUUUAAAUAAUGUGCUUUUUUUCCAAUGGAAUGGAAAAUAAGUUUGAAGGAUUGGUUUAAACCUUAGAAAUUUAAAACAGAGCAAGUCGUUUAAUGUAGAAACAAAAUGAAUAUAAUACAAGAGACAGGGAAAGCGUAACAGUUUUACAGUGAAAAUUGAGCAAUGGUGUGAAAUGAGCUAUCAUUAUAGGUCAGAAAUGGCGAUAUGCAUUAAAGAAAUCAGUAUUGAUGUUAUAAGCAGGUAAAGCUAUUCACUUAAUGUCUUGGUUAAGAAAUUAUUUUUGUUAUGACACCAGUGACUUUAUAACAGUGAUGACUCCAUGAUUGGGUCCAGUGGAUGUUUUGGAUGAGCUCUAUUGUCAAGACGUGUGUAAUUGUGUUUGUAUAUUAUAUACAUGUAUACUUCUAUAUUUGUAUUGUUCUUUUACAUGGAUUGUAUGCCUUGUCUCUGAUUAAGUUGCAAAGCUUUCAACAAAAACAAAAAGAUCCAAAGAUGUUGGUGUCAUCAAUAAAAUGAAAAUAUA